AUGUUCUGGCUUCGAGUCGAGAACAAAGCAAGCACUGCCAGGCUUCGCCUGUGUGCCUGUGCACCACUUCUAAUGCUGGCAGGAAUAGGCCGAUGUGAGCGGGCAGGUGGGGAGUUGGCCUUCGUUCUAUCUGAAGAACAAGCCAGGGCAUGGGCCUCACAGAGCCCGGUGAGAAUUCCACCAUCCUUGGAGCCAGCAGAGACAGCACGGUGGUCGGAACUUCUCCAAUGCUUUGCUCAUCCUGCGCUGUGGGGCCCGCUUCUAUUUCUGGCUGCUUACAGUGCAGGACCAGGCUAUGAUGACAGCUUGUAUUUCUUCUACAUAAAUAGGCUCAGAUUUCGUCCGUCUGCUUUGGGACGUCUCAAGAUGGCCCAGGAGCUGGCAAAACUCAUUGGCAUCGGCUUGUACCGCUAUGCCCUGCGCCGCGUGCCGGAUCGGCAGCUGGUCGUUGGGCUUACCGCAGCUUCCUUGCCCUUGUACUUGACUCCGCUGCUGCUCACCACGGGAGCCUAUCACAGUAUUCCAGUGAGUCCUCAGACUCUGGCUGUGUCCGGUGAGCUGGUUCGGGAGGUUGUGCUGCACAUGCAGGUUCUUCCUGUCUUCUCUCGCUUUGUGGACAUGGGGCCUCGAGGCCUUGAAAGCACGAGUGUUUCGCUCCUUUACUCGAUGCUGCAAACAUCUCGAGCCAUCAACAAGGUGACUUCUGCUGGCAUGGCCCAUAUGUUGGGCGUCACAGCUCACAACUUUCACCACCUAUCCCUUUUGAUCAUGGUGUGUGGUGCUUGCGCUACUAUGCCCUUGCCUUUGGCAAGGUUUAUCCCAGAGGAGCCAGCCUGCACAGAUCCAGCGAUGCUCCUGGACACGGACGAGCCAGCUGCGAAUGAGGCAACCGUGGAGGGGACCGCGCAACUCAGCUUGCCAGGAGGAUUGCAUGGCUUGCAGCAUCUUCGUGAUGAGGAGCUUCUCGACCUGCGCCUGCCACAAGCAGCUCGCUUGUGUGAGGAGAGCCGAUCUCGUUCAGAAGGCUGUUGGGAGGCCAACUCGCCCCGGGGCAGCCAUGGGCCUGAGCCAGGUGCCUCGAGCAAUGUCAUGCCAGCCGGAUGA